AUGGCCUCCUCGCUCCGCCUAUGCCCCGCAGGCGCCCUCGCCUUCCGCGCCACGUCGGGCCGCCGGUCAGUCGCCUCCUGCGCGUCAGGCCUCCGACUUACCAAGCGGCGAGGAAGUGUGCUGAGGCUGUGCAGCGCUCGCCCUACCGCUCCGGCGUCGGACGGCGAGUGGUGGGCGAACGCGUGGUGGGCGACGGAGCUCACCCCGGAGGAGCUCCCCACGCAGGAAACCGACGCGCCGACGACCGGGCACGGCAAGGAGGAGCUGGACGCCAUACGGAACGCCCUCGUCGACGAGCCCCUACGGCCGAUCCUGCUCGCCCUGAGCGAGAUCAGGGACCGCGGCCACUUCUUCCGCUGCCGCAGCUACCACGCCGGGAUCGUCGCUGGCCCAUUGCUAUUGAUCGCUGCUUUUUGCCAGCUCGGUAAAUUAGUACCGCACCUUUUUGUGGAUAUAAUUCUUGGAUAUAUAUUCUACAAGUUGAGUGUUUUAGCAGCAGAACUGAAAAGGAAUGGGAAGUCAAACCACAUGUGUGCUCGGAUACAGCUCGUUAUGUUAUUUAUAUUGUCAUUCAAGAACAACAACAACAUGGCUUUCUUGGGUGUUUACCGCCUCAUCACGGAGUUGAUUUGGAUGUUUGGUCUUCAAGUGUACAUAGGAGCUGUGAUCUAUGAAACCGGUGACGUGGAGGAACCAAGAUUCCACUUGCUAGGAAUUUACAAGAUACUGAAAACUAAAGGUGGUCUGAUGAGGGUGAUCAAGAAUACCUUUAGGGAAUAG